GUUUACUUCUGGUGCCCCUGUGUUUGCUUGCUCCCGGGUGCAGUAGCGCUGUGCGGGCCGCUAUUGCGGCGAUGUGGUGUAGAUGUCGUCAGACGCGAGAGGUGGAGCUCGAGAUGUUGCAAUCGCGCUAAGUACAGCAUCAUCGACACGAAGCUGGUGUCACGCAGGGAAAAAAGCGUAAUAGGAGUCGCAGAGCAAAUUGAGCUACCAAUUCGGACGAUCAGGUGUAGGGGACACAUUUGAUUCGAAAGCUCAUUUUUCAAUGGAUCUUAAAUCCGGCUUGAAAGAUUAACAACAACCGAGGUCCUCUGGUGCCGGGACACAUUUCGCACCCCCACCCCCAUGUAUACCAACUUUAUGGACUACUUUUUUUAUCUAAAGUAGAAACCUUCAGUUUGCUCCUAGGCCAUUUUCCCCCAUACUUAGUGUGUUUUGUGAACGGCUUUGCUUUAUUUGUUGCUCAAGGACCGCAAUACGACGUUGUUCCUGCGAGAAUCAGCCUUCAUUCAGCGGAAGUAAGGAACAAAGACAUUAGUGUCAACAGGAAUAAGCGGUAGAUGGUAUUUCCACUUUAAGACUCAUCAAUAUUUAUCUAACAACGGAACAAACAGAAACCACCGGCCUCUAAAUACAAGCACAAUCUGCUGGCGCACGUAUUUUUCUGAGUAUUACCGUUUUGGCGACUUUGUGGAAUCAUCCAGACUUCCAGUGGCUCGUGGCACUAUUUCGCCUGGAACAGUUCUUACAUUAACUUCUAUACAAGUUGUAUAACUAUAAUAUAUACGUGUAAAAAUUGUUUCUGAAGUUUAAAAAAAACGAUGAACGGAGUAAAAUAAGAGAAUUGGUUCCAACGACUUGGCGCUGAAUUACUAUUGUUCUGCUAUUGAAGAGACGCGAGUCCUUUGUUCAGCAGCGAGAUGAGUGUAAACCUCUCAGCACCUGCGCUCUCAAUGCAUCUGAAGCGAGUAGACUGUGAAGACCACCAGAACACCCAUACACUGAAAUGCAAACGCCGUAGGCUGAACCAGCCCCCCUCCCCUGGUCUAGCCCCUUGCCUUCGGCCUCAAACUCACAGCACAGACCACACGAGCCCAGAGAAACCCUGUCUCUCUUCUAUUGGGCCGUAUAUUCUGUUGGAGGCCACAGAGGGCACACAGACAUAUCGAGCAGUCCAUCGCACCACUGAGCAAGAGUACACCUGUAAGGUGUUUUCAAUGAGGAAGUACCAUGAGCUCAUUGCUCCGUACACCCGUCUGUUGCCCCAUGAGAACAUUUGUAAAAUAUCAGAAGUAAUCAUGGGGGAGCAGAAUGUGUACAUCUUCUUUGAGCGCAACUACGGUGACAUGCACUCAUAUGUGCGCAAAUGUAAGAGGCUCCAGGAGGAUGAAGCUGUGUAUCUCUUUAGGCAAAUGGCAUCGGCAGUCAUGCACUGUCAUGAAAAUGGCGUUGUACUGCGGGACCUCAAAUUGCGCAAGUUUGUCUUUAUUGAUGCAAAAAGAACACAGCUGGUUUUGCAGAAUCUAGAGGACUCCUGUCUCCUGAAUGGUGAUGAUGACUCUCUCACAGACAAACAUGGCUGCCCAGCCUAUGUGGGACCAGAAAUCUUGAACUCUCGGCAGUCAUACUCUGGAAAGGCAGCAGACAUUUGGAGCCUGGGGGUGGUGCUCUAUACCAUUCUUGUGGGUCGCUACCCAUUUCAAGAUGUGGAACCUGCCGCCCUGUUCAGCAAAAUCCGUAGGGGCACCUUCACAAUCCCAGAGACACUUUCACCCAGAGCCAGGUCUCUAGUGUGCUGCAUGCUCAGAAAGUCACCCUUGGAGAGAUUGGAGGCUGCAGACAUUUUGCUGCACCCAUGGCUCCACUGUAGCACCAAUGUCUUUAUCAGCCAGCACCCUAACUCAAGGCACUCAAAUGACCAAGUUGUGCCAGACUUUGAGAAAAGUGACAAAGGAGACUGUUACUGAAUCUUGGGGAAGCACCAGAGUGAGAUUUCAUCUGCCUGUGUCUGCUUGCACUUUUGGGGAUCUCUGACUGUUUGCAGUGGUUUCAUACUGGGGAAAGCUGUGCAUAUAUAAAAUUGAAAGACAAAGUGAAUUGGUUUGUAUGCCACAUUUCUCGCCUUUGUGGCCUGUGAAAAUAGACCUAAAGAAUAUUGGUUUGAAUGGUUUAUUUUUAAGUCUGGUAAAUACCUAUGAUGAUACAUGCUAUUUAAAAGAAAAUAAAAACGCCUAUAAAAAGAUAAAAGUCUUGUACUUUAGUAGUUUUUAAAUGACUUCAUUUGUAGAUUUGCUAUUCAAAGCACAGCUGGAACUUUAGCCCACUGCUCCUGCAAACAUUCAGUUCAGCAGUGUUCUGAUAUUCCUGUAUAUAUUCCAUACAGUGUACAUUUAAGUUUUUGAAUUACCUGUUACCUCUGACAUGAAUCCUGGAAUACUUGAUGUAUGUGCCUUUUAGUAUGCACUGUUUACACAAUUUUCAAUGGGAAACACAUUUAAUAAUUUAAGUGCCUUUUCACGAUAUAAUAAGCAAUUAACUUUUUUUUGGAGUAACUUACCAAAGAUUUAGUAACUUACCAAAGGUUUCAUCACCAAUCCUCAUUUUGGGAAUCUCUGAUAGGUCAGAUAAAUUGCUCACUUUUGCUUUUUUGUAUAUGAAGGGUUAAAAAUAGUUUGGUGUUUUGCAACACUUAGAGACGUGUCUGUAAUCUUGUUACUCACUAUGGUCUUGAUUCACCCAAAAUGACAUGGUAGAGCAAGGAUGAUAUAUCCAGUGCUAUUUUCAUAUCUAGACUAGGAGCCACAAAUACAUACAUA